CAGAAGAUCCGCCUUGGUGUGUGAUUGGCGAUCGACCCCUGCCCUAGAGGCCGGUGAGGGCCACUGUCGCCGUUGCUCGGCCCGGCAUGGCGGGUUGCAAGGCGUACAGAACUCGAGCCCGCAGGAAAGGUGGCCGGAAUCGGCCCGCUACUCUGAUUUUAUAGAAAAGCUAUUCCGUAUGAAGAUGGGACUUCUGGUGUUUAUGCGUAACGUGCUACUUGCUCUCUGCCUCUUCCUGGUCUUGGGGUUUCUGUAUUACUCAGCUUGGAAACUGCAUCUGCUCCGAUGGGAGGAUUCAAAUUCAGUGGUUCUUUCCUCUGACUCCGUUGGACGUUCAAUAGGCUCAGAAUAUGACAAACUGGGAUUUCUUCUGAAGUUGGAUUCCAAACUGCCUCCAGAGUUAGUAUCAAAAUACGGUAAUAUCUCAGAGGGCGUUUGCAAGCCUGGGUAUGCUUCUGCUUUGAUGACUGCCAUCUUUCCAAAAUUCUCCAAGCCAGCACCGAUGUUUUUGGAUGAUUCCUUCAGGAAAUGGACAAGGAUUCGGGAUUUUCUUCCACCUUUUGGGAUUAAAGGACAAGAUAAUCUAAUCAAAGCUAUCUUGUCAGUAACGAAGAAUUACCACAUUACUCCAACCCUUGACAGUCUUAGCUGCAGACGAUGUAUUAUUGUGGGAAACGGUGGCAUUCUAGCAAACAAAUCUCUGGGCUUGAAAAUUGAUGACUAUGACAUUGUUAUCAGGCUGAAUUCUGCUCCAGUGAAAGGCUUUGAAAAAGAUGUUGGUGGCAAGACAACAAUGCGGAUAACAUAUCCAGAAGGGGCUAUCCAGAAACCAGAGCAGUAUGAGAAGGAUUCCCUGUUUGUGCUGGCAGGAUUCAAGUGGCAGGAUUUCAAGUGGCUGAAGUACAUUGUUUAUAAGGAAAAAGUGAGUGCUUCUGAUGGCUUCUGGAAGUCUGUGGCAACCCAUGUUCCAAGAGAGCCCAAUGAGAUCCGAAUCCUGAAUCCAUAUUUUAUACAGGAGGCAGCCUUCAGCUUUAUUGGCCUUCCUUUCAACAAUGGCCUGAUGGGCAGAGGGAAUAUUCCUACUCUGGGAAGUGUAGCAAUUACCAUGGUGCUCCACAAUUGUGAUGAAGUAGCUGUGGCUGGAUUUGGUUAUGACAUGAACUCUCCCAAUGCACCACUACAUUACUAUGAGAACAUUAAGAUGUCUGCCAUCAAAGAGUCCUGGACACACAACAUCCAGCGAGAGAAGGAAUUCCUACGAAAACUGGUAAAAGCUCGAGUAAUCACGGACCUCACCAGUGGAAUCUGAAGAACAAGCUCAGCAACUGUGCCGGAGAGCACAGCCAGGUGUAUCCAGCUAAGGACAAGGGCAGCAAGAGGUGUUUAGCAAGAAUCCCAGCUUCCAAAAGAUGCCCUUGGAUCCUCUUCCUGGCUUGCUUUGUCUGCCUAUGCCAGGUCCAGCAGGGGAACAGCAGCUCUUGGUUUAAGAGGGCCGGGCCCUCAUUUGGAACUGCCAGAAGAUGUUUUGCUGGAGAUAAAACAUCAGCGGAGAGAAGAAAAAUAGGCUUGUGAAACAAAAUAAAUUUGUGCCAAGUGGGAACAGGAGCCAGGCCAGAGGCCACAGUGUUUGAAUGUAUAAGGCAUUAUUUUUUUAAUAGCAAGAAAUAAAAACUACAGUAAAUAUAUCAAUGGGCACAGUGGAGCCUAGCCUUUGAACAAGCCUGGUGGGAUGCUUUCAUUAGUACUGCAUUUAGCCUGUCCUUGGGCCAGCUACGGCCCCUCUGCAGGGUCUCAGUUCAUCCAAGGUUUGUCUAUUGUUGGUGCUGCUUUAAUGUCAAAGUAUUGUGAUCUCUCUUUGCUCUAGAUGGAGCAAAUUAAAAGUUCUGUUAGAUCUUCAGACUCCCUGUUCCUCGGGGGGCCUCCACUGCUGCCACUGUUCAUCUGGCUGCAUUUUUAGACUAUUCGUGAAGUUCACCUCAUUAUGUUGGACGAACUUAACCUGCUUUGCAGGUUCAUCACAGAUUCUGCUGGCAGAUAACCCAGUAUUUUGUUUUCACUAGCAUCCAUAUCAUGCUUCUGAACAGCAUAACACUUUUUCUGUUCUUGUUUCUUUGGAGAAGGAAUAAUUUAUUUUUGGAUAAGGACCAAACCGUCCUAAAAUAUGAAGAUUUAUCAGCUUUUAUGGUACCAGAGAUUUUUCAUUCAUUCUACUAUACUUAGUUUAUGAGAAUAAUACCUUUCGUGUAUGUAGAUUUUUCUGUAUGCUCUGAGAUAAUAUCUCCCUUGUUUUUCAGCUUCCAUAUAUCCGGUUUUGUUUUGUUUUGUUUUGUUUUUUCCCCAGAUGGUUUCUACUUCCCUCUGUAUUUUUUUUAAAUUAUAGCAGGGACUCUUUAUUACAUCUCUGCUCUAUCUUUCAGAUGCAGUAUUUGCACAAGUAUGUAUUAUCUGUAUUGGUAAGAUUUGGAAUAUGUGUAUGAGAUUCAGCGGUGAAUUUAAAUUAAUUAACAUACCUUUCCUUAUAUGGAGAGGAUGUAAUAAUCUGGCAACUCUUCUCAUGAAGAUCAAGCUAAAGAAUUCUCAUCCUGUGUAGGGCACAGGGCACAGCUUGCAUUCAGUAGUGUGAAUAUGCAUUUUGCUUGCUCAGUGCCCUAAAAUAGGAGGUUCUUAACAGGACACUGGGUAUUUUGCCAAAUAAGCAAAGCUGAGGCAGUAGCUCAACUAUUCCCAUAAUUAUUUUUAGAGAUGGUCAGAAACUGAAAAAGUGCAACUCUAUAAUAAUGCAAAUAAUGAUGUAAAAGAUCCUGCACAAUCACUUUAUAUUGUAGUUUAAUAACUACAAUAUUGGCCUGUCUGAGUAACUUGGCAAAUGUUACACCAAAAUGUGUAGUUUUCAUUGUGUACAUACUGAACUAUGCCCACUUGAAUGGUGGAGGAUGACUGCUUUAUUUGUUGGCCUUCAUAGUCUUGGCAGACCCUUCCUAACCAAGAGUAUUUUAGUUGUCUAGGUAUCGACUUGGAAUCAGCCUUUCUAAACAACGUAUACAAUUUGCUGCCCCAAGGAGUUAUGAUGGUAACUAAUGUAGAUGGCUUUAAAAUUAAAUAAAAUAAAUUCAGGAAGGAUAACGCCAGUUAUUUUGGUUAUAUGCAACUUCCUGAUUCAGAGGAGAGAUACUUAAAAAUAUCAGAAGCUGAAAAGCAAUGGCAUUAUUUUUUACUAUUGUUAUGCCAUGCGUGUAGGUCUCUUAGAACAACUGGCUGAUUAUUGAGGGACAUGCAUGGUGCUGGUCUAGUUGUGCUUUUGAUCUAAUUUGAUAAGAGCUUUUCUUAUCUCCUCAAUCUUAUGAAUGCAGGUGAAUAUCUUUGAAUUUCUCUGUUCUCUAUUUAUGUGCUGUGCACAUGUUCUUCUGAAGGAGGAUAAGCAUAGAAAUAUGAACUGUUUGACCACACCAACAAAAGUUGGAAUGAUUCCACAGCCUGCGGAAUAUAGCAUAUAUCUAAAAGAUUAGUUUUUUCCCUAAAUAAUUACUUUUAUAAUGGAGAUAAUCACUUAGAUGGCAAUCGUGAUAAAUUUAUUUUGUUUUUCAAUCUCCCUUUUGGAGAGAAGGGAUCAGCUUAGAUUGAGGACUGUUUUUCUUUUGUAUAAAUAUAGUACUUGAGUCAUGGAGUGUUUGGAUGGAGCCAGUUGCAGAACUUGUAUCAGUGUAUAUGUUUCUUGGGUUACAUGUUUUUUUCUAUGUCUUUUUCUCAUUGGACGUUGUGAGUCCAGGAUUCCACACUUAUCAGCAGCUAAACAUGUAUGUUCCAAAUGGUUAGAAUGGUUUUUGUACUAUAGAAAAACCAUGGUCCUAUAGCAAGCUCCAUUUUGGUUGGAAAGUUAACUAUUAGGGAGGAUAUGUUGAAGAAAUAUAGAAGAAAAGAAAUACAUAUACCCAAGGAAAACCUAAAGAGAUGAUGAUAGAUAGAUAGAUAGAUAGAUAGAUAGAUAGAUAGAUAGAUAGAUAGAUAGAUAGAAUAAAGAAGAUAAUUUGUAGCUUGAGGUUGACAUGAGGAGUCCUUGGUGCUCUCUGAGGUUGCUUAUUUUCUUGCAGACACAAACUAGGUAACAUCAUCAGAUGUUAGCACUGAUGAUGUUACCUAGUUUUGAUAAUGAAACAUCUGUAAGAAAACAAGCAAGCUCAGAGAGCACCAAGGACCCCUCAGAUAGAUGAUAGUCUGACCUCUAGGUGGAAGCAAAGUAACAUAAAGCAAUUGCUGAAAGAAGGCUCAAGGCCCAUCUCCACCAAGGGAUUUAUGGUACAAAAAGCCUACACCACAGUCUCAAACAUAGUGUGCUCUCCCAGAUCAUCGUCACGAAAUGGAAAAACAAGACACAGGUCUUGUGUACCUUAUAAUUGGGUAACUUGUCAUCCAGUCUUCACCUGCUGAAACUCAGUUUUUACAUAAGGAUUUAGGAACCUAUUCUCUUUUGCAUUUGGCCAUUGCAUCAAGUACCCAUGCGUAUUAUGCCUCACUUUUGGUUGGUGGAAGGUGGGGAGCUGCUUGUAUACAUUAUUACUUUUAAAGUAGUCAGAUUUUUUGAUUGUUAAUAAAAGUAUAUUUCUACAGUAACAAAUGUAUAUACCGGUAGAACUGCCAUCCCCAUUACUUAUUUGAUUUGAAUAUUUUAAAAAUUUGGGCUUCAAUCUUUAACUUAAACUACCAGAACCAGUCGAGAUUCUUCCUAAGACAAUCAGCAGCACAUAUGAAUUUCAUUAUAUAUAAUUUAAGGCUAGACCUUAGUUUGUUUUCUGUUUCUCUGUGGCCUUCAUUUAUCAAUGAAUAGUUCAGUAUACUACAUUUUAAGCAUAUCUGUUUUGGAUGAUUCUUACAAGCCUUUUUACUGUUUUGAAUUUAUCUCAUUUAAUGCACUUCCAUUGUAAGAUUUCCAACUCCAGUUAUUGCCAAGGUCUGUCCAAAACAUAAAAAAUAUCUGUGCAAAAAAAAAAAUGUUUUUUUACCUA